AUGGACGGGCCCCCGAUCCCCUGUGGGCCCUGCAUCCCCAUCAUGUUGGCUCUGGCUUCCCUGGCUGCCCUCUUCCUGGUGACCACGGCCGUGUUGGCUGAACGCCUGUUCCGCCGGUCUCGCUGCCUGGACCCCAGCAAGCGCGCCCCCACACUGGUCUGGCGUCCCGGAGGAGAGCUGUGGAUUGAACCCACGGGCACCCCCCGAGAACGCUCCGAAGACUGGUACAGCUCUGCUGUCCCCUUGCUGAUGGACCAGGCCCCAGAGCCCCCCACCCCCGGAGGCACCUUGGAGGCCCGAGCCACAGCCCCACCUGCCCCUCCAGCCGCUCACAGCCCUCCCAACCCUUUGGUCACCAAGACCCCACCCCAGCCCCCAGCCCGGAGCACCUUCUCUGCACCCCAGCCUUGGGAGGACAGGUCCCACACCCCAGGCAUGGUGAGCUGGGCACCACCUGAGCUGAGGCCAGGUCCCACUGUGUACAUGGGGAGCCCUCCAGCCCAGAGGCCGCGUCCAGGCAGCCCUGACCCCGAGUGGGGCCUUCAGCCUCGGGUCACCCUGGAGGAGAUCUCAGCAUUCUGGAGGCGUGAAGGUCGGACCAGCCUGGGCUUCUGA